AUGAGACGAUAUAUUAAUUUAAAUAGUUAUAAAUAUGUGGAUAAAGAAAAAAGGGGAUAUAAAAAAAAUGAAAAAAAAAAUUCAAAUAUAUAUAUCCCCAAUUUUAUUAUCUCUAACUACAACAAUAGAAUAAAGAAUAAUCAAGUUAUUUUUGAAAAUAAAAUAUUAUCACAAUUUGCAAAAAUAAAAAAUAAACUAACACACCAUCUACAACUAGAAAUUAGUCAACAAAAUGGAAAUCCUCUAAAAUAUACGAAACCGGUUUUAAAAAAAAAAAUUAAAAAUAUCAGUAAUAAUAGAACCAAACCCAAUACUUCCACUAUCCCCACCAUUUCCACUACCCCCACCAUUUCCACCAUUUCCAAUGUUGGGCAUGGUGGAAACAAAUUAACAAUUAAAAUAAAUGAACCCAAUUUGAAAUCUUUACAUUUGGGAAAAUUGCAUUACUCAUCAAGUUUGGGUGAUAACAGCCAAGACAAAAGGAAUACAAAAAAUGAGAAUACAAAUGAGAAUACAAAAGAGAAUACAAAUGAGAACACAAAUGAGAAUACAAAAGAGAAUACAAAAAAUAAUACAACCAAAUUUAAAGAAGUACUUAAAAAAAAUAUAAAUGAUUAUGUUAUUUUUUCACGGUUACACAUUCCGACUGGUACAUAUUUAACAUUAUAUACAUCCCUAUGGGGAUAUUUAUUAACAUAUGAUGUUAAUAAAUUAUUUUUAUUAAAUAAUGAAAUAUAUCCAAGUGAAAUAAAUAUAGAUGAAAUUAAAAAUAUUAUUAAAAAUGUAUCCUUAUUUACUUUUGGGGCAUAUAAUAUUAGAGCUUUUGGAUGCAUGAUUAAUGAUUUUUUAGAUAAAAAUUAUGAUAAAUAUGUUGAAAGAACAAAGAAUCGACCAUUAGCAGAUGGUUCUAUAACUACUUCCAAAGCUUUAGUAUAUAUGUUCAUACAUUCUUCUUUAUCCCUUUUAACAUUAUUUCAAUUUAGCAAUGAAACAAUAUAUACUGGUUUAUUUUCUUCUAUAUUUAUUAUUACAUACCCAUUAUUAAAAAGAAUAACAUAUUAUGCUCAAAUUUAUUUAUCUUUUACAUUCAACUUAGGUUUUUUUAUAGCAUCAAGUGUGAAUAUAAAUAUAUUAGAUAAUUUAUUUCCAUUAAUUAUAAGUUUUAUUCCAUUAUGUUAUCUGACAAUUAUUUACGAUACAAUAUAUGCACAUCAAGAUAAAGCUGAUGAUAUUAAAUUAAAGCUAAAAUCGCUAGCUAUAAAAUGGGAUAAAAAUACUAUAAAAUAUUCAAAAAUAUUAAUUAUUAACAUGAUAUAUUUACUUUAUAUUUCAGCAUAUUUAUUUGAUAUUCAUUAUUCUUAUUAUAUAUUCUCAACAUUUAAUGUUUCUUAUUUGUAUUAUCUGAUUAGUCAUGUUUCUAUAGAUGAUAAAGAAAAAUGUAUGAAUUUUUUCAAAAAAUCAAAAAAUGUUUUAUUCCUCUUUUUCUUAGCUUCAUUAACUGCAAAAACAUUUGAAGCUUUGGAGAAAAGACAUGAUAAAGGAGACCAAACUGAAAUUAAAAAUGAAAAUAAAGAAACAACAUUGCUACUUUAA